CCACUAGUCUCACCCUCCAUCCUACCCUUUUAGAUGUUCCGAUAACAUUGUUGGCUUUAGGAAUUACUAGCUCUACCAGUACUAGUAGACUUACACAUAAAACUAAACUAUCUCGCUAGCACACUACAAGAAUGCCGUCUGGUAAGAAUUUCAGGAGGAGAAGAGAAAGUUCUUCAGAAGAAGAGGAAGACGAGAUAACUGCUGAAGUUAGAUCUAAACUGGACGAAGCCAAAGAGCUACAAAGUUUACGGAAAAGACAGACCGGAGUCAGCGUGGCCGCUUUGUUGGUGGGAGAGAAGCUACCACUGGAAGCUGCGAUUGACGAUGACCCUUUCAAACUGAAGACGGGAGGUGUUGUUGACAUGAAGAAAGUCAAAGACAGGAACAGAGACAUGACAGAGGAUGAGACCGACCUGAAUUUGGGUACCUCUUUUUCUGCAGAAACAAACAGAAGAGAUGAAGAUGCUGACAUGAUGAAGUACAUUGAGACAGAACUGAAGAAGAAGAAAGGACUGGUGGAGGCAGAGGAACAGAAGGUGAAGGUGAAAAACGCUGAAGACCUUCUGUAUGAGCUGCCGGAGAACAUCCGGGUCAACUCUGCCAAGAAGACAGAGGAGAUGUUGUCCAAUCAGAUGCUUAGUGGAAUUCCUGAGGUGGACCUGGGAAUUGAUGCAAAGAUAAAAAACAUAAUUUACACAGAAGAAGCUAAGGCCAAACUACUGGCAGAACAGAGGAACAAGAAGAAGGACAAUGGCACAUCAUUUGUACCGACCAACAUCGCCGUCAACUACGUACAGCACAACCGCUUCUACCAUGAGGACGUGAAUGCCCCCCAGAGACACCACAGACACAGAGAAGAGCCCAAAGCCAGGCCGCUGAGGGUAGGAGACACAGAGAAACCUGGUCCAGAAGCUGCAUCUCCAGUCAACUAUCGCAAACGACCCAACAAUGAGAAGGCCACUGAUGACUACCAUUAUGAGAAGUUCAAGAAGAUGAAUCGCCGAUACUGAGGAAACAUUUGAGCAUCUUCUAUAGUUACUUCUUUUCCACCAUUCUAUUUCUCUCAAGUUUUGCCUACGAUGUGAUUAUGUAUAUCAGUCAUGUAAUUAAAGAUAGGGUAUGAUGUAAGUAUCACAUUUCAUUCCUUAAUGUCUACAAUAAGUGUGUGUGUGUGUGUGUGUGUGUGUGUGUGUUUGUGUGUGUGUGUGUGUGUGUGUGUGUGUGUGUGUGUGUGUGUGUGUGUGUGUGUGUGUGUGUGUGUGUGUGCGUGCAUAUCUAUAUAUGUACGCGUGCGCGCGUGUGCAUAUAUCUAUAUAUGUACACUACCGUUCAAAAAUUUGGGGUCACUUAGAAAUGUCCUUAUUUUUCAAAGAAAAGCACUUUUUUUCACUGAAGAUAACAUUAAAUUAAUCAGAAAAACACUAUACAUUGUUAAUGUGGUAAAUGACUAUUAUAGGUGGAAAUGUCUGUUUUUUUAAUGAAAUAUCUACAUAGGUGUAUAGCCGCCCAUUUCAAGCAACUCUCACUACAGUGUUCAAAUGGUACAUUGUGUUUGCUAAUUACCUUAGAAGACUAAUGGAUGAUUAGAAGAAUUAGAAUGCCAAAGGUCUCCAAUGCUGUAAUUGCUGCAAAUGGAGCAUUCUUUGACAAAAGCAAAUUUUGAACAAAAUCAAUAUUUCAAAUAAAAAUAAUUAUUUCUAACUUUGUAAAUGUCUUGACUAUAUUUUCUAUUCAUUUUGCAACUUAUUUGAUAAAUAAAAGUGUGAGUUUUCAUGGAAAACCGUCUGAAUUGUCUGGGUGACCCCAAACUUUUGAACAGUAGUGUAUAUAACUUGUAUGUUGCAGUGUUACAUUUUGUAAUUGUGUCAGAAAUUUAAGGGAGAUCAAUUACAUUUGUCU